AUGCCAGAUGUGAAAGCUGUACCAUGUGAUUUCCCAGCCACCGGCCCCUCCUCUCUCUGUGGCAUGGACAUUGGACGCUGCCCAGAUGACCACCCGCCUUCGCCCUUCCCUGCCUUGUCCAGCCCCAGCCCCUGCCUCUCGGGCCAGGGUCACCUGACCCACGUUGGCCAGGUCAGACGGAGUCAGGGGUCGGAGCGAUGGGAGACCACUGAGGGGAGCCCCCAGGAGCUGGGGGCCAGGCUACACCGGAGCUUGGAGAACCUACACUGGGCAGCCACCUCCCAGGUGUGUGGUCCACCACACAUCAGACCGGGAAACCAGGCCCAAUACCAGACCCCCCUGGAAGAGGCCAGGAACCCAGGACCACCCCUGAUUGCCCUCAGGGUCCCCACACCAUGGUUCUUCACCCCUGUGGACGAGACCGGCAAUGCCAAACGAGGCUUGAAGGAGAAACUGAGGCUCCAGAGCAGCAAGGCCGCCGAACCUAACAAGCCCCUCCGUCCCCACGCCCUGCUGGUGGAGGCUACGCCCGGAGAGAGAGCAUGGGCGCAGGAUCCGCCGUCCGGACCCGCGGCCUGGCCGGGAAGCUCCCGCAGGCUGGUUAGCCCCGAGGAGAUCAAGCGAGAGGCCCUGAGGAGGCUGACGUUACAGCGACAAAACAGCACGCCUAACCUGGCCCUGGGCUGGAACCAGGAGGCCGGAGAGGACCAUGUGGGGGGAUUCCGCAGGGAUGAGAGCGCGGAGCCACGGUGCUGGGAGCCGGGAGCUGACAGGAGGAGGCACUCCAAGGCCCGGGCAUACAUCCCCUCCUUCGAAGAGUUCAAACGAAUGAGACAAAGGGAGAACCGUGAGGUGUCGAGCGGGGAGGCCCAGGGGUUCGGGCAGACGGGCUUGAUCGAGGGGAUGGUGAACAGCGGGAGUUGUCCCACCCUCAGCCUGACGGAGCCUCACCUCCCCGGCAGGAGGGCCUCGACGGACAGCAAGGACGUGUUCCGCUCGUGCCUGGCCCCCCGGCGAGGGGAUUCAGAGCUCCGUCUCCCCCGGCGACAACCCUGCCCCGAGGCCCAGGCCGCCCCCAUCCGCACCUGCCCCGCCCCGGGCUCGCCCCUGCACACCCUGCCCCGGGGGGGAGAGGACCAGGCGGGCGAGGGAAGCAGAACAGCCCCUGGCUCAGGCUUAAGCCUAGACCCAGGUUCGGAGGGGAAGCAGGUCUGUGAGGCCCAGUCGUCCUGCUGUCCCUCACUACUGCUGGACGCCGCCACGGACCUCUCGGGCUACGGAGCCAAACUCCAACAGAUGAAGGACGGCCUAAUAGGGUCAGCCAUUGACCUGCUCAAGAAAAGUUGUGCCGGGGAGAUUUCCGCGGAGCUGCCGACGGCCGAGAUCUCGGAGUGCCAGGAGCCGGAGGAUGCCACCCUCGUCCCUGCUGACGGGAUUCAGUCCAGAGCUCCGGUCUCCACGGGGACCUGGGAGCGCGGCGCUGGAUCAGGCAAGAAGCCGAAAUCAACCCCCGUUUGCCGCAGAUCGAGCUCGGACGCUGCCUACGAGACCCCGGAGAGCGCCAAGGCCCAGCGGGAGUGCCGCCUGCGCCCGCACUUCAGUGACCCCAUGCCAACCGACGCAGUUAAACGCAAACAGCUGGAGAUGAAGAUCGCGGCGGCCGCCUGGGGGCUCGGGCACAAGAGACGCCCGGGAGAGAGCAGCGGCCAGGCUUUCGGUCAGUCAACCAUCCCCCCCCCCCACCCCCCCUCUCGCCAUCUCACCCACCAGUUGGCCGCCAAGCAUCGCUGGAGCAACAUGAGCACGGACAGCGGCAUCGUGGGCCUGAGCGAUGAGCGGGAGGAGCGCGAGGAGGAGGAGGAGGAGGAGGGCGUGGGGGUCGAGGAGGAAGAUGAGGGCGGGCGCAAGUCCGCGGAGGUGGAGAGGGCGGACAGCGGCAUCGGCCCCGCCACGGCCAAGAAGUGGAAGAGCCGGGCGGGCGUGGGGGCCAGGGCCAGGGCUUGGGAGGGGCCUCGCUCGGCUCCGGGCUGGGCGGCUCACCGGCCGUGCGUGGACUGCGGGGAGAGAGAGCCCCCCGAGCCGGAGCCCAGGACCGGCGGCCGCCAGCGGAGGAGGGAGAGGCUGUGCGGCAAGUGCGGGAGGCGCCGGACGGAACGUAAGGAGGCGGUGCUGGAGUUCGUGAACACCGAGGGCAGUUACGGAGAGGACCUGCGGGUGAUCAGGCAGGAGUUCUACCUGCCCAUGCAGGACGCUGGGCUCCUGGCCCGCGAGCAGUUGGCCGUGAUCUUCAGCAACAUCCAGGAGCUGAUCGAGGUCAACGAGAAAUUUACCCAAAGGCUCCACGACUCCACUGAACAGGCCCUGGAUCAGGGCGACGAAGACUUUCUGACGGUGUGCAUCGGCGAGAUGUUCCUGGAGUUUGUGAACAUGCUCCCCGCCUUCCAGACCUACUGCAUCCAUCAGUCCACCUCCAUCAACAUGCUCAACACCCUGGAGAAGGAGAAGGAGCUGCUCAGGAUAUUUCUGGACGUCUCUCAGAACGACAACACGGCGCUCCGUCGCAUGAACCUGCGGUCGUUCCUGAUGGCCCCGCUGCAGCGGGUCACCAAGUACCCACUGCUCCUGAGUCGGAUCAGCAGCGCCACGCUGGAAUACCACCCGGACCAUCCCAGCCUGCGGGAGGCCAAGAGCAGGGUGGAGUCCCACCUGGAGCACAUCAACAUGAAGACCAAGCAGGAGGGGGCCCCCUGGUGUCUGCGUUCCUUCCGGCGCGACAGCCGUCGCAAUCGGGAGGUCAUCGACAUCGAGAUGAGGGAGAUGGCGGUCAGGGCGGUGGGCUGGGCCCGCGAGGAGACCCGCUUCGCCAUGGAGGGACGGCUGCAGUUCUGUCAGCCCAGCGACGGCCAGUGGGCCAGGAAGGGCAACAAAGCCCUCAAGUUCCAGAGCCUCCACGUGAUCCUGAUGAUCAUCCCCGGGCAGCAGGAGGGGGCCGCCCCCGAGGAGGGGGCCGAGGAGGUGCGCGACGCCGCCCUGGUGCUCAUCCGGGACAGGAGCAACGGAAAGUUUUCUCUGUUCAGGGACCCGCUGCACCUCGGCCACUGCGUGGUCUCCUCGGACCCCGACUGCGACGACACCUUCGAGCUGCUGGACAUCAGGAGAGACGCCUUCGUGUUCCGCGGGGCCGAGCGGCCGCAGACCCGGCACUGGUUCCGUCUGGUCAGACACUACUCCCGCGGCCUGGGCUCCUGGAAGAGGCGACGCAAUGCGCUGCCCAACAUCAUGAUCAACGCCAGCCAGAGCCGGGCCUGAGCCACAGGCCUGAGACAGCCUGAUCCAGACAGAGCCACCGGACUGAGACAAGCCUGAGCCACAGGCCUGAGACAGCCUGACCCAGCCACAGCCAGAAAGAACCACAGGCCA